AUGGAUUCAAUAGUUUCAGGGUUUUUAACCACUAUGUUGGAUAGGGUAGCAACAAGAGCUUUCCAAGAUAUUUCCAUGGCAAGGGGUCUCCAUGCUGAUGUGGGGUCCCUCCAAAACUCUCUGAGAAUCUUCAGUGCCUUCAUUGUUGAUGCUGAGAACAAGCAAACAGAAAGCCAAAGCAUAUUGGUGUGGCUGCAGCAGCUCAAAGAUGCUUUCUUUGAUGCCCGUGACAUCUUGGAUGAGAUUGAGUGUGAGGCCUUGAGGAAUCAAGUUGUGAAGAGACAUGGAAGCUUCACCAGUAAGGUACACCUCUUUUUCUCAUCCUCUAACCCUCUUGCAUUUCGUGUUAAGAUGGCAAAAAAAAUCAAGGACAUCAAGGAGAGAAUAGAUGAGAUAGCUUCUCUUAGGAUGAAGUUGGGUCUCUCAGUCUCAGAGAAUCAUGUGAGUAAUUAUGUGCUGCCACUCAAUCAGAAGAUGGCUUGGAGGGAGACACAUUCUUAUGUUAGGCCUUCCCAUGUGAUUGGUAGAGAUGAGGAGAAAGAAAAGAUCAUUGAGUCUUUGAUGGCUCCACCAUCAGAUGGUGAUGGUAUGGAUGUUAUUCCAAUUGUUGGAAUUGGAGGGUUGGGGAAGACCACACUUGCCCAAUUGAUUUACAAUGAUGAUAGGGUGAUUGAGCAUUUUGAUUUGCGGAUGUGGGUGUUUGUGUCUGAAGAUUUUGUUGUUAAGAGACUGGUACUUGAUAUUCUUAAAGCUAUGCAUGGAAUAGAUGUAGAUGCUCCCAACUUUAGUUUUGAUCAGUUACAAAAUCUACUUCGUGAGGGAUUACAUGGGAAGAAAUCUUUACUUGUUCUUGAUGACGUUUGGAAUGAAGAUUAUAGAGGGUGGCUUGAAUUGAGAAAUCUUUUAGUAGGGAUGCAUGAUGAAAAUAAAAAAAUUGGUAACAAGAUUAUCACAACCACUCGUAGUGACAAGGUUGCUUUGAUAAUGGGGAAUGUUUAUAAACACAACCUGAAAUAUCUUCCUGAAGAAGAUUGUUUAAAGCUAUUUGUUAAGUGUGCAUUUCCAGCAGGAGAGGAGAAACAGCAUCCAAGGCUUAUGGAAAUUGGGAAGGAGAUUGCUAGAAAGUGCAAAGGGGUGCCCCUGGCAGUGGUGAGUUUAGGGUGCUUGCUUUACUCAAAACUUGAUGAAAGUGAGUGGAAGAAAAUAAGAGAUAGUGAAAUUUGGAAAAUGAAACAAGAAGAUGAUGGCAUUUUGGCUGCAUUAAAACUAAGCUAUAAUCACUUGCCAUCUGAAUUGAAACAAUGUUUCUCUUAUACUUCAAUUUUUCCUAAGGGUUAUGAGUAUACAAAUCUGGAGUUGAUUUCAUUUUGGAUGGCCCAUGGACUACUACAAACCAAAAAUGAAGAUCAAGAGCCUGAAGAUCUUGGGGAGUUUUAUAUUCAGGAGUUGGUUUCAAGAUCUUUCUUUGAAGGUGCUCCUGAAGAACAGGUGGUCAUGGAUGGUCUUAUUUUUGAAGAACUUAAGCUUCUAGGCAUCUCCUUUUUCAAAAUCCAUGAUCUUGUUCACGACCUUGCUGUGUCCACAAUGCAAAGUGAAAGGGCAGUAGUAAAAUUUAAUUCAACAAAUGUUAAAGAAAAGGUGCAGCAUUUAUCAUUUUCAGAAAGUGGUGAAGGAGUUCCAACUUUUGGUCAAAUGUUAAAUAAGGUCCGAACCAUUGGAUUCUGGCAUGCAGGUCAAAGUGCAGAUGCAAUCACUGAACCAUUUGUCAAGUGGAUCUGCAAGGAAUUCAAGUACCUCAGGGUGUUGAAUAUACAAGGUUCAAAUUUUCAAUUCUUGCCGGAUUGUUUCAACAAAAUGAAACAUUUGAGGUAUCUUAAUCUAAGCUAUUGCCAGAGAAUGGAAAAACUCCCAGAUUCCAUUUGCAAGCUCCAAAACCUCGAGGUUUUAAAUCUAUGUAGAUGUGUAUCACUUAAAUGUAUUCCAAAAAACUUGAGGAAUCUUAUCAGCCUUAGGAUUUUGUGGAUUACCACACAAGCCACUGAUUUGUCUUUCAUAAGUAUUGGGAGCUUGAAAUAUCUACAAAUUUUAAUUUUGUGGAAUUGUGAAAAUUUAGUCUUCCUUCCACGUGAUUUAAGACACUUGACUGCUUUAAAGAGGCUGAGUAUUGAGGAUUGUGAAGAGGUGAUUAGUUUUGAGGAUGAAAGAGAAGAAGAAAAUGAAAACUACUCCUUGAAACUUGAACAGUUUUCAAUUGAUAAAUUGCCCAAAUUGACUGCUUUACCUGGUUGGCUUAGAAGAUCUACAAAAACUUUGAGAUACAUGGGUCUUUCAGAAUGUCCAAGCUUAAGGGCAUUGCCAGAAUGGUUGCCAAGUCUAACAUCUCUUGAAACGCUUCUCAUUGGUGAUUGUCCAAACUUGACACUACCCCAGCAUAUGGAUCGUCUUCAUAACCUUCAGAACUUAAAGAUAUAUGGAUGCCCUCAGCUAGUUGAGAGAUGCAAAAGAAAUUCAGGCCCUGACUGGUCCAAAAUAGCUCAUAUCCCAAAUGUUGAAGUAAGUGUGCAUUGCUGA